CCUGUGUGUUUUCAUUUAUCUGCGCAGCCCACGCAGGUCGGCUGACCCUACCUUGAACCUCCGCUGUGUUAACAGCCUGAUCAGCGAUGGUCAGGUUAGGUUACCUGUUGUGUCCCGCCGCAAGCACACAGCCCGGGACAGCUCCCGUGGUACUGAACUGAAUGGUCCCAAAUCUUGUUUCUUAUUGGAUGCACGAUUUACGGCGGACUCCUCGGGCCGCUGCUGAUUCGUCGGUUCACCCGCUCGUUAAGCGGAUUUCCUUCACAACAGGCUGAAACGGUGAGAAGCUGCAGCAGAGCCUGGGAGCUCAAUGUCACCGGGUACUGGAGAGGAUGAAUUUGGCAGGAAGGUAACCACCCCAUGGCUGCACCCUGACACUAUCAUCUGUUCAACACCUCUCCUCCAACUUCCCCCCCUAUCCAGCUUCUCUCCCCUCCUCCUCACCCUGUGCCCUAUUUAUACCCUGGAGACUCAAAACAGUCCAUUAAAGCCUGCGGACCUGCUCAGGAAAAGACACCGGUGAGCUUAAAUUUGAUAACACAUGGUUUAUCUUAUCUCCGUGCUCGUCGCCUUUUCCUCAACAGCUACAAGUAAGGAAAACUAAAACAUCAGCAGCUGCUUUAACCUUCAGAUUACAGACUGCAAGGACAGUUUCAGCUGCAGCACAUUUUGGAAAUUCUGGAUGCAGCAUGACCUUGGACUCGCAGAUUUUCUCUCAUUUAGCUGAAAUACAGAAAAGCAGUCAUCCAUAACAGCAUGCUUAUUAACUGAGUUGUCUAAAUGACUGUGAUAUUUGAACAAGAACACCAAAGGAUUUACUUUCUAAAUGGAAAUGGUUCGUGUGUUUAAAGUCUUGCAUCAUCUGCUACUAUGAACUAAGCCCACACCGGCCUGUGCGUCACCUGGAGGAUGACUGCAGUCUGUCCCUCGGAGAGUAGCCCAGAAGGGGCUGAAGCUGGGGUUCAGGCAGCAGGCUCUAAUGGGUCGGGAACAGGAGGAACCACUGAGAACGGCUCAGUUAGUGGGGCCAAGAGUGUGGAUUCUCAUUCUGUCCGAGGUUCCAUUGGAAGCACGGUGGUUUCUACUAGUAGUAGCCAAAGGAACACCCGCUGGAGCCGCCAGGACAGCUCUGACAUCAACACGGAUGAUGAGGGAGCCACUGUCCGCCGCCUCACUCCCCUGGAAAGGCUGAACCUAGAUAUGUGCCAGGAUGAAAGGGUGGUCCGUGAACUCACAGUGGGCAGAAGAAUCGGCUUCUACAAAAUUCAUGGAGAACUUGGGUGUGGAAAUUUCUCCCAUGUUAAGCUGGGAAUUCAUGCUCUCACCAAAGACAAAGUGGCUAUAAAGAUCUUAGACAAGACAAAGCUGGAUCAGAAGACCCAGAGGCUGUUGUCCAGGGAGAUCUCUAGCAUGGAAAAACUGCACCAUUCCAACAUCAUACGCCUCUAUGAGGUGGUGGAGACUUUAUCACGUUUGCACCUGGUGAUGGAGUAUGCAGGGGGAGGGGAGCUCUACACCAAGAUUACCACAGAAGGAAAACUUUCCGACGCUGACAGCAAGAUCGUCUUUGCUCAGAUUCUUUCUGCUGUUAAACACAUGCAUGAAAACAACAUCAUCCACCGUGACCUGAAGGCAGAAAAUGUCUUCUACACCAGUGGCUCUUGCGUAAAGGUGGGGGACUUUGGAUUUAGCACACUGAGCCGCCGUGAUGAGACACUCAACACAUUCUGUGGCUCUCCACCAUAUGCUGCGCCUGAACUCUUUCGGGAUGAGCAUUAUGUCGGCAUCUAUGUGGACAUUUGGGCCCUGGGGGUGAUGCUGUUCUUCAUGGUGACAGGCACCAUGCCAUUCAGGGCAGACACUGUGGCAAAACUAAAGCGGUGCAUCAUGGAUGGGGCCUAUGUUAUUCCCACUUGGGUGCCAGAGGCAUGCCAGAGGCUGAUCAGGGGAAUCCUCCAGCCCAUACCAACUGACCGCUGUACAGUGGAGCAGAUGAUGGGCUGUGAGUGGUUGCUCCCUGUGGACUUCCCGCAUGCAAUGGAGCCCUUUAAACUAGACCCGUCCUACCUGGCAGAGAGUGAUCCAUCGGAACUCAUAGAGGAAGAGCUGGAGAUAAAGUCUUCACUAGAGGCACUGGGAAUCACCUCAGAACACAUCCUGAACAACCAGGGUAAAGACUGCAGGAGCUCCAUCACUGGUGUCUAUCGGAUCCUGCUACACCGUUUUCACAAGAGACGGGUUGUUGAAAGUAUUCCUGCUGUCAAACAGCCAGUCAGACCCAACGCAACGAGUAAAAAGGAACGACUUAAAGUGUACCGCAGUUUACGCCAGACAUCUAAACUCUGUGCAAUCCUGUGACAAAAUUCUAGACUUUGCUCCAGAAAUGUAAUUCAUUUAUAGACUUUAUAGGAAUUGCAUGGAUUUUUAUUACAAAUUAAAAAAUAAAAAAUAAAAAAAAAGUGGUUUUCCGGCCAUUAGAAAACAACUGAAAACAUAGCAUAUAAUAAAACUCCACUCAGCUCCUGGAAUCUGACAUUUCUUAUGUCUGUGUAACUAUGUGGCUGCUGUCAUUGUCUGAUUUUUCUGGCAGGGACAGGAAUUCUCAGAAAUUUGAAAUGUUUUGACAUCUAGUUUAUUCAAGUCAACAUAAUGCUGAUUAGAUGGCAUGCAGAACUUAUUAUUUGGGUCAUGCAGGCCAGAUAUUUAUAGUUCACACUUGGCCUUAGUUGUGUUGUAACAACGAGCCUGAUGAGAAUCAAUGUAGCAUCAUUUUUAAGAAGACAUAUAAAUCCACAAUGUUUAGGUGAAAAAAUGGCAAAACAUGCUGUCAAUACACGAAAUAUAGUGUCUUUAAUGUUUAAUUGCACUUUUCCUCGAUGCCUUAGUUUUUUCAUCUUUUUUAUGAAAUCAGACUGGCUGGUUUCAUUAUACUCCUUAAUGCUUGGGAUGAGAUAGUAAGUAGAAAUUUUACAUCUUAUAUAAUAUGUCUCCAUGAGAUAUUCCCUGCUCUUUUAGACUGGCUGACCUUAAUAUUUUCCCUGUGGCCUGAAAAAUUCACUAAAUGACAAUAAGCUAUGAAGACCGAGAUACCAACUACCAGUUAGUGGUUCAGGUGGCAAAAUAA